AAACUGUUGGCACUCUAGGAAGAUGCAGUAGUCACGGCCUGGGCAUUUGCACAUCCCCCACUCAAACCAUCAUGUCUCACCAGUUCGUCCCUCCUUUAUACAAGCAACUGAGCCCGUCCUGAGGUUUCGUAUGCCAUCAAGCCUCCUUGCGGUCCUCCUGGCAUUGCUGAGAGGGGGAGAGUGGGUUGUAUUGGAUGGAAUGGACAACUCGUGACUGUCAUUUGUUCAGUCACGGUGAACCCUCCAUGCAUUUGUAUCAAAUCGAAUGCUUUAGACUACUGUAACCAUGGCGUUGACCUUGACGAUGCUGCCCGAGGAAGUGCUGGAGCAUAUGCUCUCGUUUGCCUCCAUGAAAGCAAUCGUGUCAUUUCGGGCAACCAAUGCUGCCAACAAGAAGGCAACCGACGAAGAAAUCCAACGUCGAUGUGACCUCAUCGGACGAGAGCUCUCCGACCAUCGAUGGAUCCAUGAUCCCAGCAUUGAAACAACACUUGGUCUCGAGCAUCCUCCUAGCAAAGAAUUCCUCUUUGAACAAGUCGCCAAGAUGGUGUUUACGGACACGGAUUCGCAGCAGGAGAUGAUUGUGGACUUGCAAGCCAACUUUGAUGACUCCAAUAAUCGCUCGACGCUGUCAGGAGGCAAUGACGACCAGACAUGGAACUGGAAGGUCGAUCUGCAGCAUUCACUGCCAGUGACAAAACAAGAGGCGCUGGCAUUUGUACGACAAGGCCGCCAGUAUCCAAGCAGCCGCGAGAACGAGAGUCCGUGCCACAAACUUUCGGCAGAACUGCGCGCCAUGGCUGGACUUGAGGAUUUGGGAGACGCCGCCUUUUUGCUCGUGCUGCAAAAAGCCGAUCACUCGACGCUACGCACUUCGACGUUUGAAUACCAGUUCCAAGAGCAAUGUUCCAGCAGUUGUCGCUGGGAGCACACGUGUGGGGCAGGUUGUCUCGCCUUUCGAACCGUCGGAGGCCACGACAUGGUGUUGUGGUACCGAUAUUUGGUGAGAAGCUUUGUGAGUACGUAGUUCGUUGCCUGCCAAUUGACACACGGAAACGGAGGUUUGAGACUCGUGGGAAGACGAGAUUGGCGCGUCCAAGCAACAAAGUACGAGGACAGAUGCAUUUCAUGGCAGUGUCGAGCAGUCGAAGUGGAGCCACGGUUCGCUGACAUCUCCUGUACGAGAACCUGUACUGGUGCAUUCUUCGUACACCACCAUUGUCCCAUCGGGCAACCGAGCGCUGCUUUCCUAUAGUACUCAAAUGAUACUGUACCGGUAUUCCCUGGUUGUCCUGUGAAAGCCUACGAACGAUUCAAUCUUACUACUUCAACCAACAAAACUAGGACCGAUAGCUUGCUUUUCUGUACAUGUACUGCUUCUCUGGCACGCUGCAACGCUGCAAUGUUCUUUGUGUAUUUUCAUACGUCGCUUUGUAUUCUGUUCUCCGUUGCAACGCCGAUCGAGGAGGAAACAUCUACAUCCUCUUCUAUGGGUAUCGAGUUUAAGAGCCGUUGUGCUACACCGUUCAGGUGCAGCAGGCCCAAAACGGCAACCACUCGCCCCGGCGAACUGUCAUUGUCGGGUGAUUGUUGCUGGCUACUUGCGUUUGAAUCCUUCUUGGCCAAUCGACAAGCAGCUUGUAUCCCUCGUGUCAAUUGAUCGUCUCGUUCAGCCAAGAUAACCUUAGUUACGGGUACUGCCAAAAAGGAAUAGGAAAAUGUCAGCAUAAAAGUCAAAAUUGCCACAUGUGGA